AUGGCAACAAAUAUAGCUGAGAUUGUCGCCAAUCAGCGAAAAUUCUUUAGAACAGGCGCUACCAAAUCUUUAGCGUUCCGUAAAGAACAACUCCAAAAGUUGCGUGUUAUGAUUGAAAAUAAUGUUGAGCGCAUAGUUGAAGCAGUUUAUAAAGAUUUGCGUCGCAACAAGGAAUUAAAUAAGGAAAUGGAAGUUGGGGGCUCAAAAGCAACUAUAGACUUGUGUCUUCAAAAUAUUGAUGAAUGGGCAAAACCUCAUAAAGCUCCUACCAAUAAACUUGGAGAACCAGAAAUCCAUUAUGAGCCAAAAGGAGUUGUGUUAGUAAUUGGGGCUUGGAAUUAUCCUGUUAUGUUGGUAAUUCAACCUGCUGCUGAAGCAAUAACUGCUGGCAACACAGUUGUUAUCAAACCUUCGGAGGUAUCGGCAAACUCUUCUCAUUUGAUGAAGGAGCUUUUUGAUAAAACAUUUCCAAAGAACUUCAUUGCCGUUGUCGAAGGUGGUGCGGAAGAAACAAAAGAAGUACUUAAUGAACGUUUUGAUCAUAUUUUCUACACUGGUAGCCCCAAUAUUGGAAAAAUAAUAAUGCAAGCUGCGGCUAAACAUUUGACGCCUGUUACACUUGAAUUGGGUGGGAAGUGUCCCGUUAUUGUUGAGAAUGAUGCUGAUAUUGAAAAAGCCGCUCAACGCAUUACCGAAGGCAAAUGGCUUAAUAGUGGACAAACAUGUCUGGCGCCUGAUUAUAUAAUGACCACAUCUGAAACUAAGCCAAAAUUGGUUGAAGCGUUGCAAAAAUCCAUCAACAAAAUGUACGGUUCUGAUCCGCAAAAAAGUGUUCAUUAUUCUCGAAUGGUCAAUCAGCGUCAUUUUGAUCGGGUAAUGGAAAUGAUGAAGGCUAGCAAGGGGAAGGUUAUUCACCAAGUAGGUAAACACGAUCGGGCCGAUGUUUUUAUUCCACCGACAAUCGUUGAAGCUGAUAUAAAGGAUUCUCUAAUGCAAGACGAAAUUUUUGGCCCAGUUCUUCCUAUUUUGACAGUAAAAAAUAUGGACGAGGCUAUUGACAUAAUUAAUGAUGGAGAGAAGCCUCUUGGUGCAUAUUUGUUCACAGAGAAUGAUAAGAAAAUGGAAAAAUUCUUGCAAAGUACAUCCAGCGGUGGCGUCACUGUUAACGAUAUAAUUAAGCACGCGGGGAUUCCAGAUUUGCCUUUUGGCGGUGUUGGAAAUAGCGGCAUUGGAAAUUAUCAUGGAAAGCAUGGAUUCAUUCAAUUAAGCCAUGCAAAGGCUGUUUUGAAGCGUCGAGAUUGA